AUGGCCCAGCAGACGCAGGAAGGUCAGUUGGAUGGCGUGGGGAAGGACAAAAGGUCGGGCGAGCCGUUAUUUGGACCUGGGAUCGGCGCUGUCAGCAAUGGCCCCGCAUGGACGCUGUCGAACGAGAAAAAGGUCGUCACGGAUGAGCUCACGCAGGAAAUUGUGAAUCUCUGGAUCGAGAAGAGCAAGGAGCCUUCCCAGCCGACGACGACGCUUCAAGCGCUCGUGAACCUCAAGCGGCCGACCCUCCGUCUCUCACCCCUCACCUCCGUCACUGACGACAACACCACCCCGGCACCUGAGCAGCACCACCACGGACUCGAGUUCGAGUACGACUGUGAUGCUCCUAAGUGCGGCAUCUACGUGCAUGUUCACUUGCCCAAGACUCACCCCGAUGCGCCAUCGAUGCCGACGAGCCAUGCACUUGCGAAGCUGCUGGUGUUUGAGACAGUCGUUGAGGGUGGGUUUGGACGACAACUAAAGCUUGAGGAGGGAGCACUUCUAGAGCUGGGGAGGUUCGAACACACCCACUCGAGUGCGUCGACGAAGGGGCCGGAGGAUGUUCAGGCAGGUGCGCAGACAUCGGGGGAAGCGUUGCCGGCGAUUGGAGAGGGUUCGAAUGGAGCUGCUGAAGGCGGAUCGAGUCGCGCCAACCCGCGGCAUCGUCGCUUCACGCAUUUCCACUUCCGUAAACCGCGCUCGGAACAUAACAGGAGCAUUUCUGGACCAGCGCUUGCUGUUGUUGACGCAGAGCCUGCCGGGGCUGCGCAGGAUGGGAAGAGCAAAGAGGGUGGCAAAGACGAGCCGGAGGAGGGUGUGAAGAUUACUAUCAGGCUCGCGGCGUUGGACGAACAAGGCACUGAACUUGCAGCGCUGAACGAGCAGACAACAUAUCUGCACAUCGUCAGGUUUGGCCAACGUGCAGCUGAGCCAACUGAUGGUGGCGAGCCCGUUGAGGACACCCGACCGUGGGUUGUCAGGGUUGUGAAGCGCGAGGCUACGAUUGGACCGCAUACAUUCCACCUGCACGAAAUCUACGGCCUCACAUCCUCAUCUGCUCACAGCGCCUCCGCCUCCGAAACUGCCCCGCUCCCUGCUCCACCAUCCACACAUACCUAUCCGCCUGACGAAACGAAACCCCCCAUCACAGCAGCAACACCAGAAGACGAUGAUCCCCAGUCCGAGUGCCUUCUCUGUCUUUCAUCCCCGCGCGAAGUUGUGUUGCUGCCGUGCCGCCAUCUCGUAGCAUGCAAAGAUUGCGCAUUGAACAUGGUUGAGUUUGGUGCUGGGGGCAACAUCACCCAAACGGUUGAGCCAGUGACUGGUGGUGAUGAAGCGCCUACCGGGACAGGAACGGGGACCCAGACUGGGACUGGGGCGACGGCUGUUGCUGCUGCACUGGCGACGCCGAAUCCUCCUCCAAACCCAAGGAGAAAGAGGAAGGCCAAGGGCUGGUUCUGUCCCGUCUGUCGACAACCGUAUACAUCAAUGCUCAGACUAACCACCACUGCGCCACCGCUUUCUGCGUCCUUGGGCAAAGAAUCAGGUGAAGGGUCUGGGACAGAAGACGAAGGUGGUCUUCUCUCGCCCACUUUACCUCUUGGCCCCAAUGCAGGUGCAACAACGGGAGAUACAGUUCUCGACGUGAACUAUACGCCGCCGACGGGCGAGGUUGGUGCAGAGACAACUACUGGAGCAGGGAGAGGUGGUGGUCUGUUGAGUGGGGCGUUGCGGCCGACAGGGUUUUUGAGGGCGUUAAGCUUCUCUCGCGGGGGGAAUGCGCAUCAGCAACAACAGCAGAUACCGAUGGGGGAUGUGGAGAAUCAGUUGGGAGCUGCGCAGGUUCGGGCGUAA